CCACCUUCCCAGGAGAUGCUGGGAGAUGCUGAGUCUGCGCAGAGACCUUUGCCCCAUUCCAAAAGGACGGCUCCGGCGCCCGGAGCGUCUGAGCGGCGCACAUCCGGAAGUGACGUCACUCCGUCAGGCAGCGCGCCCCUACCCGCGGGAGACUUUCCGCCAUUUUUUGAAAAUCGGGAGGGUCCGGAGCGAAGUGUAGCCGCCGCCGCCGCCGCGAUGGCAGCCUUUGCCGUGGAACCCCAGGCAACCACGUUGGGAUCUGAACCAAUGAUGCUGGGUUCGCCCACAUCUCCAAAACCAGGGGUUAAUGCCCAGUUCUUACCUGGAUUUUUAAUGGGGGAUUUACCAGCACCAGUGACUCCACAACCUCGAUCAAUUAGUGGCCCUUCAGUAGGAGUAAUGGAAAUGAGAUCACCUUUAAUUGCAGGGGGGUCACCACCACAACCAGUUGUACCAGCUCAUAAAGAUAAAAGUGGAGCUCCACCAGUUAGAAGUAUAUAUGAUGACAUUUCUAGCCCAGGACUUGGUUCAACACCUUUAACCUCAAGAAGACAGCCAAACAUAUCAGUAAUGCAGAGUCCUCUUGUUGGAGUUAUGACAACUACUCCUGGAACAGGGCAAAGCAUGUUUAGUCCAGCAAACAUUGGUCAGCCACGAAAGACAACGUUAUCUCCUGCGCAGUUGGAUCCUUUUUAUACUCAAGGAGAUUCUCUGACGUCUGAAGAUCACCUCGAUGACACAUGGGUAACUGUGUUCGGGUUUCCUCAGGCAUCUGCUUCCUAUAUAUUAUUACAAUUUGCACAAUAUGGGAAUAUCUUAAAACAUGUGAUGUCUAAUACCGGAAAUUGGAUGCAUAUUCGUUAUCAAUCUAAACUGCAGGCUCGGAAAGCCUUAAGCAAAGAUGGGAAGAUUUUUGGCGAGUCCAUCAUGAUUGGUGUAAAACCAUGUAUAGAUAAAAGUGUUAUGGAAAACAGUGACAGGUAUGCUGUAUCAUCUUCAUCUCUAGCCUUUACACCACCAAUCAAAACCUUAGGAACACCAUCCCAGCCUGGGAGUACUCCUAGGAUUUCUACCAUGAGACCUCUUGCUACGGCAUACAAAGCUUCUACUAGUGACUAUCAGGUCAUUUCUGACAGACAGACGCCAAAAAAAGAUGAAAGUCUUGUAUCCAAAGCAAUGGAGUACAUGUUUGGCUGGUAGUAUAGUGAGAGCUAAGAACUCAACCAACUACAAAGGAAGAGGCUGCUACACUAAAACAGCAGGGCACUGCCGGUUUUUCUUCGGUUAGUUAUAUAACCACUCUUGGCAGUGUUGGACAGCUAUCUCAUACUUCUUUUAGAAGCCUUUUUCUUUAAGGAUACAGCAUAUUUGUAUCUCGCACUUUAAAAGAUGCUUGAGACCUGUUUUAAAGAAACAAAAAAACUCUGUAAAUAGGAUUUUGUGUUUUCUGUGAUAAUGCAUGUGUAAACACAAAACAUUCAGCAUUGGUAACUAAAUUAUGUAAUUGAGUGCAUUGAGGCUUUGUAGUCAUGAGUUGGUGGGUGAAUUUCUUGAAGGGGAACUAUACAGCUGCUCCUAACAAGACACAGAGAUUGUUAACAAUUUGAAUUAUGGCCUUUUAAUUUAGAUAGUAUUUAAUAUUUUAAUUAUCCUUGUUUGUAUAUGUCUUAUCGUGGAUUGUCAUCUUUCAGUAUUCUUAAACCAAAACAGUCUUUUAAAAGACCUAAUGUUCUUGAUAAUAAACUUUGCCAAUUAUAUGUA